GUCGCGAGAGGCAGCGGCCAGUAGCACGCGGGCCGCCACAUCGCGAGCACGCGACCUGCACUCUGCCACGCCGAGGAUGAAGAGCGCGUCUGCGCCGGACAGCGAGGAGCAGGAGCUGGUGUUGGUGCGCGUGAGGGAUGGCCAGCUGCGCGGCCGCCGCAGGGCCACGGUGUGGGGGCUGCCCUUCUGCAGCUUCCAGGGCGUGCCGUACGCCCGCCCGCCUGUCGGGGACCUCCGCUUCAGGGAGCCUCAGCCGCUGGAGCCGUGGUCCGGGGUUCGAGACGCGCUACAGGAGGGCGCUGUGGCUGUGAGCGUCCACCAUGAAGACUUCUCAAUCGCCGUUGGCAACGAGGAUUGCCUCUACCUCAACGUUUACACACCACAGCGGGUGCCGGGGGACGGCGGGCGGCUGGCGGUGAUGGUGUGGCUGCACGGCGGCGGCUUCGUCUGGGGCAGCGGCAGCGCAGACUGCUACGGGCCCGACGUGCUCAUGCACGCAGCCGUCGUCCUCGUCACGCUCAACUACCGCCUCGGCGUGCUCGGCUUCCUGAGCACGCAAGACGAGGUGGUGCCCGGUAAUAUGGGCCUCAAGGACCAGGUGGCGGCCCUCAGAUGGGUGCGUGACAACAUCGGCAGCUUUGGUGGCGACCCGAACAACGUCACCAUCUUUGGCGAGAGUGCGGGCGCUGCCUCAGUCCACUACCAUCUACUGUCCCCGCUCUCCAAAGGAUUAUUCCACAAGGCUAUAAUGCAGAGUGGUUCAGCCUUAAGCAUGUGGGCAGCAGCAGAUGGAAUCCGCGAGAAAAGUUUUAAACUCGGAGAGCUUCUGGGCUGUCAUACUGACAGCAGUGAGGAGCUUGUUCAAUUCCUCAGAGGGGUCGACCCUCACAAGCUUGUUGAAACAUUCCCCAAAGUUGUUCCUGAAAAGGAACAAAUGGGAGCUUUGACAGUGGCAUUUGUUCCAUGUGUUGAGAAGGAACACUCAGGCGCUUUCUUGACAGAAGAACCAUUGGUACUGAUGACUCAAGGACGUUUCCACAGAGUGCCAGUUAUUGUGGGUGGAACCUCCGGAGAAGGAAUUGCCAUGCUUGCACUUACUGGAAUUCUAAAGGAUACAGAAAAAAUGGAUUUCAUGAUUGACAAUUUUGAAUUAGUGUUUGGUGAUAGUCUUCUUAUAAAAGACCUACAUACAAGAAAAACAGUUUGUGAUAAAUUAAAACAAUUUUAUUUUGGCAACACAUCACCAGAUGAUCGCUAUAGGAGGCUUGUUUUGAUGUGUGCAGACCUUCACUUCAAUAUGGGGUCAGACAUAGCCGCUAGACUCAUCGCAUCUGCACCCAAUCCACCUCAGAUUUAUCGUUACCAGUUUUCCUUUGAAAGUGACCUAGCACUUACUUCCAGAAUGGUUGAUCGCAGAUUUCCAGGUGCUACUCAUACUGCUGAACUUUGCUACUUAUUUUUGUUUGCUGAUAACAGGCAAGACAUUAAUAAAGACAGCCACCAACAUACUGUUCGCUCCAUUAUGGCUUCUCUUUGGACAAACUUUGCCAAAACUGGUGAUCCAACAUAUGAACUAAAUGAUGUUGUGACAGAGCACUGGCCAGCCUACACAUUGGAAGACCCUGCAUUUGCAGACAUUGGACAGGAAUUGAAAAUCAAAAGAAAUAUUAACAGCCAGUAUUUCAAUUUCUGGUGGGAUACAUACUAUCCAGCACGUCUUCAAUCAGCUAAACAAUGACUAUCUAAAAACAAUUGAUGAACACUCUGUUGCUUUUGAUUGGUUAAGUUUCUCAAAUUUCUCUCCAUCUUUCUGUUUGCAUUUCCUGAGUGGGUACUGUUUACAUGUUUCAUUUGAUUAAGAUAGAAAGGAAUGUGUUGCAUUUGGUUAUGAAAGGAUAUUCAUUUCACAUUGAAAACAAGCACAAAAACAAAACAAAAAAUCAUAGAAAUAAAUUAUUAUUCAAAUGGAUCAUCACUUUAGUACUUCAAAAAACAGAAUGACCUCAUAUGGAUCACUGUUUAAAUGAUAAGUUCAAACCAUCUUUUUAAAGGAUUGUAAAAAACAAACAAAAACCAUUUUAUUGGAGUAACUGAAUUUGAAAAAAAAAUUACACAUUUUGCAUGGAAUAUAAAACAAAUGAGAGAGAGAGAGAGAGAGAGAGAGAGAGAGAGAGAGAGACAGAGAACAUACAUUCAUAACGGUGAAAGGUCAAGAUGUAAAGUAUGUGAAGCGCAUCUCUUGGAAACCAUCUAACAGAGAUGUCCAUGCUCGAAUAAUUUGGGAUCAAAAUGUUAUCAUUUACCAGUUGUAACAGAUAAAUUUCACCAAGUACAUUGUUAAACUUAUUUUACAUAUUUAUAGUUACUAGAACAAAAUUAAUUUAUUUAACAUUCAUGUAGUACAGUAGCACCGAACUGACAUGACUGUUAGUACCAAGUGUUUCUGGAGCCCUUAUUAGACAAAGAAAUUAAGCUAUGUAUACUGAAGAACAGUAUCAUAGUAAUGUGUGUCAUCAGUACAAGUAAUAGGGGACAUGGAGUUCAUGAAUCUGAAAUAAAAUUUCCAGAUAGAAAGCACAACUAUAAUUUUUUUUAAAUGUAAUUUCACACACAAAAAAUUAAAAUCAUUGUAGGAAACUAAUUUUCAAAUAAACUUUAAAGACUGAGGUAAAUAAUUAGCACAAUGUCACAUAAAACUGAAACUAGACCAAAUGAAACUAAACCAGUGUUGGAAUUUUCAAAACAUAUAGCAGACAAAAAAACAAAUGUCUCUUACCUGAUCUGUGGAUUUGUCUUAGAUCAUAGGUAAUGGCAUUCACAGGUCAUUACAUGAUGCCAUCCUGAGUGCAUCACAUUUAAUGAAAGAACAGCUUGUUCCUUUCAGUGUGAAUAUAGCAGUAAUCUCUAAUUUUUAUUAAGGGACCAAAAUCAUUCCUGGUCACUAUCAAUUUAAUUCACAGCUCACACAAAUGGUAAGUGCAGUUUGCAUCCAACAUUCUUAUUGUUUCUUUUCAGUCAGUAAUCUGAAGCCAUUUGAUAUGCUUUAAAGUUUUAAGAGAGAACAGGAAAAUUAGUGAUCUCAUACUUAGCUGCUGAAUUAAAUAGCUGUUUUAAAAUGUCAUUCUGAUCUCAUUGCCAAAUUCUAAUGGAGAUGAUAUGCAAAGCCUGUCAUCAAUUACUUCAUUGGUAUCCCACCAGGAAUUGAACAUGAGACUGCUGGGUGUGAAGUGUGAAACGUAGACACCGCACCAUAAAGAAUCAAUCGAGUUAACAAUUGUAUCUCCAAUUGUGUCUCAUGUUAAUUGCACUGACAGUAGAGUUAGCACAGAAAUACUCCAAAAUGCAACAGAGAGAACAAAACUUUUUGUUUUAUAUACUUCUAUGAAGUUUAUAAAGUACAAUAUUUGAAAUGUAGCUCAUCCACAUAUGUUGUGUGCAUUUCAUGUAUUAAUGGAUUAUUAAAUUAGAGUACAGCUUCUACCAAAGUGAAAUUGUAAUGCUGUGAAAUGGCUGUGUAAUAUUACCUUGCAUGUGACAAACUAAUGUUUUUACAAAUGGAAAUAAAAUAUAUUUAUUUUUACUUUUC